CCCGGCAUGCUCACUGAGUCCAAUUAUUGCUAAUGGCGGGUAUUGUACAAAACAAGCAAAUUCUACGCUAUUGUUUGUUAUCUUGUUGUGUUAUUCUGCAGUAGCGAUUGUCAGAUUAUAGUCGCUUCAGUUCUGGCUUUUCUCUCGCGUUUACAGACAGCGGAGGAGCCGAGUAACAGCGCCUGAAGGAGCUGAAACUCUUUAUCUUUAUCACGAUCAUGUGGCGGGCAGUGUAACUAAAGUGUCAAAAGUGAAACCGGACAGGAGGGACGGCGGUGGCGGCGUGCGUGCGUUUGAGUUGAGCAUUAGCCUAACCGCUGGCUAUGCUAACGCACAGAAACGUCUGUUUUACUGCCCCGGUUUCAACCGUGCCGUGUAAAACACCGAGCUUAAUGAGACGGAGAAAGUUAAGCUCGUAAACGGACGAGGCGUUUCAUUCAUUCAUUCGACGCUUGUUUUAGCUCGCUGCGCAUCUCCAGGGUCAGACAUGAGUCUGGUAAAAUUGCUCGUGUUGUUUUUUAUUUCCGUCACCCGGGUCUACGGUUCGUCGAAACUAAAUAUCCCCAAAGUGUUGCUCCCACUUGCGAGGAGUACGAGUAUCAACUUCACACUGGAAACGACUGAAGGCUGCUACAGAUGGUCUUCCACCAGACCUGAGGUCGCCAGCAUCCAACCUGUGGAGGAGGAUGCUGGCAGAGGCUGCUCCCGGAAGGCUGUCCUCCAGGCUCUGUCCACCCAGCCCUCCAGACUGACCAGCAUCAUCUUAGCUGAAGACGUUGUUACGGGACAGGUGCUUCGCUGCGACGCGAUCGUUGACAUCAUCAGCGAGAUCCAGAUAGUCUCCACCACCAGGGAGCUGCAUCUUGAAGACUCGCCGCUGGAGCUCAGAAUUCAUGCACUGGAUUCAGAAGGAAACACCUUCUCUACCCUUGCUGGUCUGGUGUUUGACUGGACCUUGGUGAAAGACGUAGAUGUGAAUGGAUUCACAGACUCUUACAAUUCAUUACGGGUGCUUAAAUUCUUGGAGUCCACAUACACUCCUCCUGGAUAUAUAUCUGAAAUGGAGCGUGUGGGGAAACAAGGCGACAUCAUUCUAGUGUCGGGAAUGAAAACAGGACACGCUAAGUUAAAGGCAAAAAUACAAGAGUCUCUUUAUAAGGAUGUGGGUGCUGCUGAAGUGAGACUGCUGAUUUUAGAGAACAUCCUGCUGAGCCCCGCACACGAUGUCUACUUACUGGCAGGAACCUCCAUCAGAUACAGAGUCCUCAAGAUAAGACAAGGCACAAUCACAGAGCUCUCUAUGCCCUGUGAUCAGUAUCAGCUACACCUUCAGAACAGCGUGGUCGGUCCCAAUGGAAACCCGGAUGUCAGCGUGGCCUAUCUUGAUCAAAGUACAUCCAAAGUUACAGGAGCUCAGCUGGGACACAUCAACGUGGUGUUGGAUCACAAGAGCCUUCGAAUGCAAGGAGUGUCUCGCCUACCCAACAGCACGCUCUACGUUGUUGAGCCAGCCUACCUCGGUUUUAAAAUUCACCCAGGAGAAAGCUGGGUUCUUGAAACGGGCAGAGUGUACGACAUUUUCAUCGAAGUGUUUGAUAAAUCCGGGAACAAAGUUUACCUCUCCGAUAACGUCCGCAUAAGCACGGUUUUCCCUGAGGAGUAUUUUGAAGUCCUGCAGUCGUCUGGGAACGGCUCGUAUCAUCAUGUCCGGGCGCUCAAGGACGGCCUCACUCUGAUCGAUGCUACCCUAAAAGCUGUGGAAGAUGACAACGGCAGGGUCCACGCGCUCGCCAACCCGGUGCACAAUGAGCAGGAUGUGGAGAUUUAUAACCCCAUAGUCCUCACUCCCAGUAUUCUCACGUUUCCAUGGCAGCCCAAAGUUGGAGCAUAUCAGUACACAAUAAAGGCGACAGGUGGAAGUGGAAAUUUCAGCUGGACUUCGUCAAACACGGCCGUCGCCACGGUGACCGUGAAAGGAGUGAUGACCACAGUCAGUGACAUCGGUGUCACCGUAAUUUAUGCGCAUGAUCUGCGUAACCCUCUGCACUUUGGACAGAUGAAGGUAUAUGUUGUUGAGCCCGUUGCCAUGGAUUUUGCUCCGUGUCCAGUAGAAGCCCGGUUGGGCCACGUUCUGGAUCUGCCUCUCAGGAUCUUCGGGUUGCUGGAGGAGCUGGAGAUGGAGCGAGUCAUGUUGAGUGACUGCUCCCACUUUGAUCUGCUGGUGGAGGAGGAGAACCAAGGAGUCUUUGAGUUGUUAGAUGGGAGGCUGGCUCCUGGCCAGAAGCACUGCAGCGGAGUGCGAGCCAAGGCCCUGACUCCUGGCUACACGGCGCUCACUGUCAGCUACACUCAUGGCAACGUGCAUCUCAGUGCCAAGAUCACCGUGGCUGCCUACCUUCCUCUCAGAGCGGUCGACCCUGUGUCAGUCGCUGUAGUCACUCUGGGAUCCUCCAAAGACAUGUUGUUUGAGGGAGGACCGCGUCCUUGGGUUUUAGAGCCGUCAAAGUUUUUCUGUUCCUCGAGAGCUGAGGACGAGACCAGCGUGAGCCUCAAUCUGAUCAGUCCGUCCUCGCACAACUAUAAUCACCACUGGCUUAGAGCAACCUGUAGGAUGCUAGGAGAACAGGUGCUGGAGGUUACAGUGGGGAACAAGCCCACUGUUACCAAUCCGUUCCCAGCCGUGGAGCCGGUGGUGGUCAAGUUUGUUUGUGCACCUCCAUCACGGCUCACUCUGGUUCCGGUUUAUACCAGUCCACAGCUGGACCUGACCUGCCCUCUGCUGCAGCAGAAUAAACAAGUGGUACCCGUUUCAAAUUAUCGUAACCCUGUGUUGGACCUGGCAGCUUUUGAUCAACAAGGAAGGAAAUUUGACAACUUUAGUUCUUUAAGCAUGUUGUGGGAAUCGUCCAAGGUUUCCCUGGCUAGUGUUGAGCCCACUUUGCCCAUGGAGCUUCAGCUGUUUGAAGAUAGCAAAAAGCAAAUGAAACUUCAUGGACGUCAGACCGUUCUUGUCCAUCAGCAGACAGGAAUUGCUGCCAUUACUGUGACGGCUCUUGGAUACCAGGUUCCCCAUCUAGCAGCUGCCAGGGUUCCCAGUCCAUAUGAACCCUUGACACCUGUCUCCGCCACACUGGAGCUUCUGUUGGUUGAAGAUGUGAAGGUUUUCCCUGACAAAUUGACUAUAUAUAACCACCCAGAUGUGCGGUUGGAUCUGACCAUGCAGGAAGGUUCAGGGCACUUCUUUGUGAACACCAGCGUGAGGGGGAUUGUGGAUGUGGUUCACCAAGAGGCCCAGGGCGAGGCUCAGGUUUCCCCUGUCCGCCCGGGUACCGUUACCGUGAUGGUGCACGAUCUCUGUUUGGCUUUUCCAGCACCUGCCAAAUCCACAGUUCAUGUUUCUGACAUCCUGGAGGUUAACGUCAGAGUCGUUGACAAGGUGGAGAUUGGCAAAUCUGUACGAGCUUAUGUCAGAGUGUUGGAUGAUAAUAAGAAGCCCUUCCCAGCCAGCUAUUUCCAAUUCAUGAAUCUCAAACUCAAAGCAGCUUCUGUAAUAGUUUCUCUAAGUCCUUUAGCCGAGCUGACGGAAAGCGACACCGCAGUGUUCCUGGUGAAAGGACUCUCCAUCGGUCAGACCACUCUGUCCGCUGUUGUUGUGGAUAAAAACGGGAGAAGAAUUGCCUCAGCACCGAAGCAAAUUGAGGUGUUUCCGCCUUUCAAACUCAUUCCCAGGAAAAUGACUCUGCUAAUCGGAGCAAUGAUGCAGAUCACAUCCGAGGGGGGCCCUCAGCCUCAAUCCAACAUCCUGUUUUCUAUUUCUGAUGAGGACAUAGCCGCCGUCAGUGCCGUGGGGCAUGUCAGGGGAGUCUCUGUUGGGAAUGUUACAGUAACGGGAUUAGUCCAAGCGGUUGAUGCCGAGACCGGGAAGCUUGUGGUCAUAUCACAGGAUCAAGUAGAAGUUGAGGUCGUUGUUCUGACAGCCAUUCGAAUCAGGGCGCCAGUUACGAGAAUAAAGACAGGGGCACAGAUGCCAGUAUAUGUGAUGGGGCUGACCAAUAGUCAGACGCCUUUCUCCUUUGGCAGUGUUUUACCUGGUCUCACUUUUUAUUGGUCCACCACCAAGAGGGACAUUCUGGAUAUCCACUCCAGGCACACUGAGGCUAAUGUUGAACUUCAGCCAGAGCACAAUUUUGGCAUGACGGUGACAGGAAGAACAAGAGGCCGGACUGGGCUGAAGGUGGUGCUCAGAGUUUCUGACCCAGAUGCACGACAGCUAGAGGGAAACGUACAGGAGCUUAGAGAUGAGAUCCAGAUCCAGGUCUAUGACAAGCUGCACAUGCUUAAUCCUCAAGUAGAAGCCGAGGAGAUACUGAUGGCUCCAAACUCGGCCCUCAAGCUCCAAACUAACAGGGAUGGGGUGGGUGUGCUCUCCUACCGGAUGCUAGAUUGCCCCGACCACCUCGUUGUUGCUCAAGUUGACAAUAAGGGCUUCCUCUCAUCAGGAUCCCUCACCGGGAUAUCGUCUUUGCUCGUCACCUCGCAGGAGAUUUUCGGCGUCAAUCAAACUCUCAUCCUCACUGUGAAGGUGGUUCCAGUGUCCUAUGUGCGCUUCAGUACCAGUCCGCUGCUUCACACGCUCACCAGAGAGGGCCUGAACGCCUUUCCUCUGGGAACACUGCUCACGUUCACUGUCCACUUCCACGCUGGCACUGGAGAGGCCCUGCACAGCUCAAACUCCCAACUUGCAUUUUCUACAAACAGGGAUGAUCUGGUGCAGCUUGGAGUCGGCCCCAACAACCACUCACUGGCAGUGAGGACCGUCAAUGUCGGCCUCACUCUUCUUGCCGUGUGGGACAGUGACAACAUGGGUGUGGCGGACUACGUUCCACUUCCUGUUGAGCAUGCCAUUCGCAUGGACGAAGCCAACAAGCUGGUUGUGGGCGACGUGGUCUGCUUCCAGGCCAAGCUAACAAACCCAGAUGGUGCUUCUGGUACGUGGAGUUCCUCUACAAGUGGUGUUCUGCAGGUGGACCCUAAAAGCGGGGCAGCUGUGGCCAGAGACUCUGGGACGGUUACUGUGUACUAUGAAAUACCCGGCGUUUUGAAAACAUACAGAGAGGUAAUCGUGGAAGCACCGUCUAGAACGGCAGCAAUGGCUCAACCGUCCCUCGUCAGGUCUGGAAAGGAGGCAAAGGUUCUACUUACGACCAGAGAGAAAGGAACCAACCUCAUCGGAAGCUGCUCACCUGCCCAGAUAGAAGCCAUUACAAAGCUUCAGCCAGAGAAAUGUGUAAGCUGCCAUCUGAGCUUCACCAGCGACACCAUCGACUUCUCUGCCAGCGACGUCUUCAAAACGCACACGAGCUUCGACUCCAGCAUCGGUCUCUACACGUGCUCCAUGACCUUGCAGCCCUUGACUGACCAACAGACCCGCGUGCUCAGCGUCUCCAUGACCAACCUGCUGGUGAAGGCCGACCUGGUCGGCAGCGUUUUCUCUGGAGAACAAGUCGGCGCCCGGCUGCCCAUAGAGCCGGGCCUUUACUCGGACCAGGCCGAGCUGCUGCUCUCCAACCUGCACCCGUCGGCGGAGCUCACGGUUUACGGGCCUCUCGGCGUUCUGUCCAACAUGGAGGUGGUGUCGUCUUCUCCCAGUGUCGCCGUCUAUGAGAAAGAGGUCCAUGAAGGAUUUCCCAGUUACACAAAGUACUCUGUCAUCGCCACGGACCCUCAUUCAUCAGUGUCGGCUUCGGUCACCAUAAGCAGCUCUUCCUCUGGCCAGAGUUUGGUCGUCCCCGUCAGCGUUAUCCAUGUUGCCGAUUCCAACACCGCCAAGCAAGCAGCGGCUGCUCCUGCCGGCCUCAUGCAGGACGGCCACUCCUUCCACAGCUUCAUAAACUCCUACCAGAUGAUGUUCUGCACCUUGUUCGCCCUGCUGGCGGGCACAGCUAUCAUCAUCAUUGUCCUGCACUCUUUGUUGUCUCCAAAGGAACAAUCAUAUCACCCAGCUUUCAUCCAGAGGACGCCACCACCCGUCAACGGUCACGACUCGCCCGUGUCGAAUUCUUUCAACCGCUUGACACCGAGAGUUAGUCCAAACAGCCCUUACAGGUCGCAGCUCUAUUCUCCAGACUACAAGUCCUGAUGGCCCCCCCCUGCCCUUCAACAUGACGGGCAACCCAGGCCAUUAAUAUAUGAAGCAUGUGCCUCCGAGCCUCAGGAGGGAAAGCUGCCGGCUCCUCCAGAACGUCUGCCUUCAAAUGUUGGUACACAAACUGUAGAAAAUUGAAUAUAUCAGUUAAAUUUGAAGCGGAAUGAUUGCAGGGCGCUUUCCUUUUUUUUAUUUUUUAUUUGUUUUAUGUUUAAGUGUGUUGUGGUGUUUUGUAUAUUAAGAGUAUGAGUGGUGUAGAACUAUACAUGCUGCGCUGGUUUGUUCUGUUUUGCCACUCCGUUAAUGACUGAAAUAUGGCUUGAAAAAACCAAAUCACUAUUUCGGGCUUGAAAAGUUGAACUUUGUGUCUGACGUUAGCCGGUGUGCCGCUUAUAUUUGACAUGUGAAGGUUGGUAACUCAGGAAGAACCGUAACCAUUCACAAAUAACAAGCUAACGUGGAUGUUUUUAUUUUUGAGCACAAAAUAACCUCUGUUGGUCGUAGCGUUGAUGUCGUCCACUGAAUCCGUCCUCAUAAGGCGUCAAACCCUCCAAAUGUGUUGAACUCCAACGUAGUUGGUCUAAUUUCUGUCUCGGGCAUUUUUGAUUUAUAACCAUUAUUUAACUGUUCUGAUGUUUGAGCCACAGCGUAUGCAGCUCUUGUUUGGUUUGUUAAUGUGAAACAGUUGCAGAUGUGAGCCUUCAGAAUUUAUCUGCAGUAGGUGUGUCUUUUUACAAAAAGCACACAAAUGUGACCUGACCAGAAAAAAAAAGAAAGAAAAAAAAAUGUGAUUGUUUCCUGGCAUUUCAAGAAAACGACUUAAAGCAGCGUUGGAACGUUGAGUCAUCAAAGUGGGACUUUCAUGACUCAGAUAUUUUGAUAUUUGAUUGAUUAUUGCCGCAGGAGUGUAUUUAUGUUGUCUUCUGCAGUUUUGCCUUACUCUGAACAGCCUUCGGCACAUGAUUGAGAUAAGUUUGCUUGCUUAUGUUUUGAUCUGCUUGUAUUUGCUAAAAUAAAGUUUUUACUUUUUAUGUUAA